UCUGAAACUCACCAAUGCCAUGUCAUCAAGACGACCUAUAUAGUUGGGGAAAAGAAUAAGCCCGAUCCUGGAAUGGUUCUUGAUGGUUCCAAUUUGCAGAUAUGUGUGAGUGCGAAAUGCAAACCCCUUACGGAAGUGUCGAAAACUGUUUCGAAGUGUAAUGAUCACUGCCAUUACAGAGGAGUUUGUAAUAAUGUUGGAAAUUGCCACUGUAAGAAUGGUUUUGGCGGAGUCGCUUGCGAAAUUCCAGGGUUUGGUGGUUCUGUGAACAGUAAUCCUUCCAAUACCAGUAGAGGAAUAACUCCCUCUACUGUGCUACUGAUUCUCUUAGCCAUCUCGACAAUCGUUUUGAUAGUGGUCUGCUUCUUUUACUGGUUCAAGAAGAAGAGAAACCUUCCUAAAGAGUUUUGGGAAUACAUGAGGAAAACGUUGAAUUUGCAUGGCGUAUUAGUGCCAGUUCGCAAAGCUCCACCGCCUCCUAGACGGCAUAUGAAAAGGUAA